AUGUUCUGCCGCAACCAGCGGAGCCGGGUGACCGUGGCCCGUGGCUCGGCGCUGGAGAUGGAGAUCCGUCGUGGCCGCUGCCGGCUCAGCCUCCUGGCCGACUCCGCGCAGGACACGGAGAUCCAGCGGAAGAUGGAGCGGGAGCUGCGGCUGCGGGAGGGGGCCUGCAAGCUGCUGGCCGCAUGCAGCCGGCGGGAGCAGGCGCUGGAGGCUGCCAAGAGCCUCCUGGUCUGCAACAGCCGCGUCCUGGCCUACAUGGCCGAGCUGCAGCGCAGGAAGGAGGCGCAGGUGUUGCGACGGACGGCCAGGCGCCCCUCGGACGCCGGCCCCACGGAUGAGCGCCUGCCCUGCCGGGGCACCGUCUGCGUCUCAGACCUGCGCAUCCCGCUGAUGUGGAAGGACACGGAGUACUUCAGGAACAAGGGAGAGCUGCACCGCUGCGCCGUCUUCUGCCUGCUGCAGCUGGGGGCAGAGAUCCACGACACCCCCAUGGUGCUGGUGGACCGGACCCUCACCGACAUCUGCUUCGAGAGCGCCGUCCUCUUCUCGGAGGCCGGUCCCGACUUCGAGCUGAAAGUGGAGCUGUACAGCGCGGGGCUGGCGGGGGGGGCGGCGCAGGGCAGCACCCCCAGGAAGCUGGCCACCCGCCUCAGCACCUCCCUGGGACGCUCCGCCGGCAAGCGGGUGCGCGCCGCCAUGGACGGGGGUCCCGGCAGCCCACCGGGUAACGGCGCCACCGGACCCCUCCUGCUGCCGGCCCCCAGCGUGCCGGGCCCCAAGUUCCACUUGCUGGCACACGCCGUCCUCUCCCUGGCCGAGGUGCAGGACGGCUUCCGCACCCACGACCUCGCCAUCGCCAGCAACGAGGAGAGCUCCUUCUGGCUGCCCCUCUACGGCAGCAUGUGUUGCCGCCUGGCUGCCCAGCCCCGCUGCAUGGCCGCCCCGGUGACGAGCGGCUUCCUCCGGCUGCAGCAGCCGGGGGCCGAUGCGCAGAGCGGGGCCCGUCUGUACUGCGUCCUGCGCGGCACCGACCUCCUCUGCUACCACGACCCCGGCGAGGCCGAGGCCGGGCUGGAGCCGGCUCUCACCAUCGCCGUCAACAAGGAGACACGCAUCCGCGCGACGGACGGGAGGGGCGCGGGCAGCCCCACGGCAAUGGCCGUCACCAACCGCUACGGCGGCGAGGAGGUGACCCACACGCUGCUGGCCGAGAGCCGCGCCGAGGCGCAGCGAUGGAUGGAGGCCUUCUGGCAGCACUUCUACGACAUGAGUCAGUGGAAGCAGUGCUGCGACGAGCUGAUGAGGAUCGAGGUGCCGCCGCCGCGCCGGCCGCCCGCCGUGCUGCCCCGGCAAGGCUCGCUCUACCACGAGAUGGCCCUGCCUGGCCCGGCCGUGCCCCCCUCCGCCUGCGAAGGGCUCCUGCUGCAGGAUAACGCCGUCUCGGCGGAGAUCCGGGCUCUGCUCUCCUCCUAUUACAGCGACAGGUGA